AUGUCAAAUGAGAUGCCCAAAAUUCAUCCUAUUGCUCCUUAUUUAACCACAAAAGUGAUAACAAUAGAUAGAGAUAAUAUUAACAUGUCUGAGAUGACUGAAGCCGCUGAAAUCAUUCAAACGGGGGGGUUAGUUGCUUUUCCUACAGAAACUGUAUAUGGUCUUGGUGCAGAUGUUUUUCACCCCGAGUCGAUCAAUCAAAUAUUUCGAGUGAAAGGGAGGCCGAACGAUAACCCACUGAUCACACAUAUUUCCGAUUUAAAAAUGUUGGACCGUCUUGCUGCAUUCGUCUCGGACGACGCAAAAAAGUUGAUCGCAAAAUUUUGGCCGGGUGCGUUAACGAUUAUAUUCCCGCGCGCGAAAGGAGUACCAGACGAAGUAACGGCGGGUCUCGAUACAGUCGGGGUACGGAUGCCAUCACACCCGAUUGCUUACAAUUUGAUUCGACUCGCAAAUACACCGAUCGCUGCGCCUUCCGCAAACUUAUCUACAAAACCAUCGCCAACAUUGGGUUCACAUUGUGUCGACGAUUUGAAUGGACGUGUUGAAAUGAUUAUAGAUGGGGGUGCUUGUGACAUUGGAGUUGAGUCGACCGUCUUAAUGUUGAGUCCUAAAGGUCCUGUAAUUCUUCGACCCGGCGGAGUCACUCUCGAGAUGCUCCGAGAAGUCAUCCCAACAACGUGUGUAUAUAAAAUGUCGACUAACAAGACUUUAGAAGCAAAGCCGCCAACACCAGGAAUGAAAUACAGACAUUACGCUCCAUCUGUUGAGACUGUGGUGGUUGUUGGCAAUAAACGCGUUGAGAAAUUAGAGGAGUUAUGUCAAGACUACAAACAGGAAGGCAAGCGUGUUGGGUUAGUCACAUGGAGUAUGACCAACACAGAGAACUGUGAGAUCGUUCUUAAAGUCGACGGAGAUAAGUAUAAGGGAAUGGCUCACGCACUUUUUAUGGACAUGAGAGACUUGGACAAGAAGGUCGAUGUCAUAUUCAUUGAGGGUGUCGAUGAGAUUAAAGAAGGAUUGGCUGUAAUGAAUCGUGCCAAGAAAGCUGCUGUACGGACAAUCGAAGCGAAUUAA